AUGGCAAGCCCUACGAAGAGCGAGUCGAGCGACGCUCUCAGGCCUCGUCCCAUCUGGGAACCUACCAUCCCGCAAGACCAAAUACCCAUGAAUAUCUAUCGUGCGCAUAUCAACAAGAAGUUCAAUCAGCAGCUUCGCUCUUCUCAUGAUCUGCAUCAAUGGUCCGUUGAGAAUCUGCAAGAUUUCUGGACAGACCUCCAUGGCUAUACGGGAAUUAUUCCACCAUUGCCUCCGACAGUAACAUCCGCAUUUGAUCCUAGCACGCCAAUGGACAAGGUACCCAAAUUCUUCCACGGAGCAACUGUCAACUAUGCGGAGAAUGUUGUGUCUGGUCGGGACUUGGACAAGACGGCUCUUGUUGGAGUUCGAGAGGGCCAUGAUCUGAGUGGGGAGGUGUGGACAUGGGGAGUGUUGAGGGAGAAUGUCAGAAAGGCAAGGAGUGCUUUGCUCAAGCUCGGUGUUAAAGAACAAGAUAGGGUUGCUGCUGUCAUCUCGAAUAGCGUCUGGUCGGUCGGUUUGUUCCUGGCGACUGCGAGUAUCGGCGCGAUUUGGACUAGUAUUGCACCGGAUUUGGGUGAAGAGGGCUGUGUGUCACGGUUACAACAAGUCACUCCACGGGUUCUCUUCGCAGAUGCCGAAUCCACAUAUAAGGGGAAAAUGCGAUCGAACGUCGUCAAGAUCAAAAGCAUCGUGAAGGCAUUGCACUCAAAGCCACAGGUGUUUUUGAUUCCUAUCAUCGGCGCCCAUGAGUCGGCAUUCCCCAGUCUCGAUCGCUUCUUGUCAAUGUCACGGCGAGAGGACAGGCUAGGGUUCAAAAGAGUGUCCUUCUCUCAUCCACUCUAUAUCCUAUACACCAGCGGCACCACCGGUCAGCCAAAGUGCCUGGUGCACAGCCAUGGCGUUAUUUUGCAGCACAAGAAGACAUCCGUACUGCACAACUCUUUGACAUCCGAGGAUGUUGUUUUCCAGUAUAGUAGUACCUCAUGGGUCUUGUGGAAUGUCAUGGUCGGUCACCUCUCCGUAGGUCCGACUCUGAUUCUGUACGACGGAUCUCCGUUAUGGCCCAGUGCCAAAGGACUGGCAAAGAUUGCGGGGUACCAUAAGGUCUCAUACUGGGGUUGCUCCCCUCGCUAUCUACAGGAGCUCGAGAUGACCGGUUGUAUCCCAAAGAACGAAUUCGAUCUAUCCUCCCUCAGAAUGGUGCAGACAGGUGGCUCUCAUCUGGGUGAAGACCAAUACCACUGGUUCUACCGCACAUUCCCUUCCAGUGUUCAUCUCACCAGUGUAACAGGCGCCACGGACUUGGCGACUUCUUGGAUUGGAACUGACCCUGCAGGUCCACUGUAUCCUGGGGAGAUCCAGCUUCCUAUGCUUGGGCACGACUUGGACAUUGCUCAUCCUCUCACGGGAGCUUCUAUCAAGAACACUGGAAGACAUGGCGAGUUCGUCUGUCGCAAACCAUUUCCAUCAAUGCCAGUCUUUUUCUGGGGCGAUGAAGAUGGAUCGAAAUACAAGAGCGCCUAUUUCGAGAAAUUUGAGAAUUGUUGGGCUCAACACGAUUGGGCGAGUUAUAACCCGCAAACAAAAGGUUGGCAGAUUCAUGGAAGGAGCGAUGGUGUCCUUAAUCCACAGGGUAUUCGUUUUGGGUCUUCAGAUAUAUACUCGAUCACCGAAUCAGCUCCUUUCAACUCGGUCAUUUCAACCACUUUCUGUGUCGGGCGUCGACGAUCUCACGACUCUGAUGAAGUUGUGUUUUUGUUUGUCGUGAUGCAGUCUGGAAAGCCGUUCACGGGCCAACUUGCUGUAGAGCUCAAGGAUGCAAUUCGCAAAGGCUUGAGCAGUAAGCAUGUUCCUCGCUUCGUGAUCGAGGUCAAAGAAGUCCCUAUGACGGUCAAUGGUAAAAAGGUGGAGACAUUGAUAAAGCAGGUCAUUUCAUCUGGCCAGCUUCCUAAGAUUAUUAGCAGCACCGUUGCGAAUCCUAGGUCUCUAGAUCACUUCAGGCAGUAUUAUGAUCUUGAGGUCCAAAACAACAACAGAAGCAAGCUAUAG